AUGGAGGCCACCCUGCUGAGCUGCGUCCUGGUGCUGCUCUGAGCGUCCUCGGCGCAGGCUGAGGUCCUGGGGCAGCCAGAUUUUGAUGCCAAAGAGUUCUCAGGCCUCUGGUACGUGGUGCCCAUGGUCUCUGACUGCAAGGUCUUCAGGGACAAGAAGGGCCACCUGCUGACGUCCACUAGCAACAUCAAGGCCAUGGCGGAGGGCAGCCUCUGCGUCCACAUGCAGCUCCCCGGGGCUGAAGGCUGUAACCAGAUGGGUGCCGCGUAGCUGAGGGAGGGCUGCCAGGGGCACAUCCGAGUCCCGAACUCAGGAAGCGAGCCCCCAGGCUUGAAGGCCUUCCAGGACUUUUACCCGACGGUGGGGCUGCCGGAGGACACGGUGGUCACGCUGCCCAAGUCAGGGCACCUGUGGGGAAACCGAGGUGCCCUGUGCCGCCCAGCCCUGUGGCUGGCUCUCCUCCAGGUGCACAGGUUCCCCUCCACAGGCCCGGAGGCAGAGCGGCUGCUGGCUCCCUGGCACCUGUAG